CGGAGGCCUAGGCGUCGCCCUCUCGGUUCUUCCGGCGGCGGGAUGCCUCUGCACAAGAUCCCCCCGCGGCUGUGGGACGCGCUGAAGCUGCAGCAAGGCAUCUACGCGCGCCUGCCGGCCCACUACCUCCGCGCGCUUCAGGAGGAGGCCGCGGCGCCGCCCCUCGCCGUCCACUGGAGGCCCCGAGGCGUCCAGCACGUGCGGAACCGCAGGACCGGCGAGCGGGAGCGCGUGCAGGACGUGCCCGUGCCCGUCUACUUCCCUCCCGAGAGCCAGCAGGGCCUGUGGGGCGGAGAGGGCCUGGUGCGCGGCUGGCGCUACGCCCGGGGAGACAAGCUUGCCGCCAGGGUGAAGAAGAUCUGGAAGCCGCAGCUCUUCUAUCGAGAUCUCUACAGUGAGAUCCUGGAUAAGAAGCUGACGAUUACAGUCACCAUGCGGACGAUGGACCAGAUUGACGCUGUCUACGGCUUUGAUUAUUACAUCUUAAAGACCCCAAAAGCUGAGCUGUGUUCUAAACUGGGCAUGGACCUGAAACGCACAAUGCUUUUACGACUUGCCCGCCGGGACCCUUCCCUCCAUCCAGAUGACCCAGCAAAGAGGGAGGCUAUUUACGACAAAUACAAGGAGUUUGUGAUCCCAGAGGAAGAGGCAGAAUGGGUUGGGCUGAGUUUGGAAGAAGCUGUGGAAAAGCAGCGACUCCUGGAGAAGAAGGACCCUGUUCCCUUGUUCAAAGUCUAUGCAGAAGAACUGGUGCAGCAGCUUGAAGCACAGAAACUUUCUGAAUCGGCUGAAGUGCCGAAGGUCUAACAGGAGAAUCAAGCACUGUGAACUUCUCUUUGGGCUUAUGUUAAACAGACCAAGGGAUGGAACUUUUCCCCUGAGAGAGCUGGAUCCAGAAUGGUUAAGUAUGUGCUCGCUGUCUGAUACUUGUCAUGUAAAGGCUGCUCUGCCCCCUGGACUUGGGAGGGAGGGGACUAGCUGCCUUGAGCUACUUCCUCACGUUCCAUUCAGGAUGCUUUUGCCGUAAAGAAAAGGAGGAGGCUUUCAGUUCAUGGCUUCCCAGCUUCUCCUGCAUGUCGCUGCUCAGCCUUUGCAUCUGCAGCCACCAUGUGGUCUGUGAUCCCCAACUUUGAGGCUGGUCGCCAUGAGAGCCUUUUGCCACCAGGCUUUGGAGCACCCUAGAAUGCAUCCCGCCUUGGAGUCCUCGGAGACCUUCAGGGCCAGACAGCAACAUUUGCAGCAGAAUGCAAAAGCCGUCGACUGACCUCUCUUGAGGAACAAGCCACAUCCUGUAACCUUAAUUAAGAUCCAAAGCACAGCAGGAAAGAAAAGAAUAAAUGGCUUGUGAAUUAUUAUUGAAA